GUUUACCGAAACCGCAAGUGGCGUCCCAUUUCCAGCGAUGAGAUUAUUCCAGGGGACAUUGUUUCCAUUGGUCGAUCUCCUCAUGAAAAUCUAGUGCCCUGUGAUGUGCUGCUGUUACGUGGGAGGUGUAUUGUCGAUGAAGCUAUGCUGACAGGAGAGUCUGUGCCCCAAAUGAAGGAACCCGUGGAAGAUCUCAGUCCAGAGCACGUCUUGGACAUGCAGACAGAUUCUCGUUUACACAUCAUAUUUGGGGGAACAAAAGUGGUUCAGCACAUACCACCCCAGAAAGCCAGCACAGGACUGAAACCUGUCGAUAACGGGUGUGUGGCCUACGCUCUGAGGACCGGCUUCAACACAUCUCAGGGGAAAUUGCUCCGUACAAUCCUCUUUGGGGUGAAGAGAGUGACAGCCAAUAACUUAGAGACCUUCAUUUUCAUCCUGUUCCUGCUGGUCUUUGCCAUUGCUGCUGCAGCAUACGUCUGGAUUGAAGGCACCAAAGAUCCUAGCAGGAACCGUUACAAGCUCUUCUUGGAGUGUACUUUAAUAUUGACUUCGGUUGUUCCACCUGAACUUCCCAUCGAGCUCUCUCUGGCUGUCAACACCUCCCUCAUUGCUUUGGCUAAGCUUUAUGUGUACUGCACGGAGCCCUUCCGCAUCCCCUUCGCAGGCAAAGUUCAAGUUUGCUGCUUUGACAAAACUGGGACGUUAACCAGCGAUCACCUCGUGGUGAGAGGAGUAGCUGGGCUCAGGGAUGGGAAGGAAGUGACCCCAGUAUCUGACAUUCCUGUAGAGACCCACCGAGCCAUUGCUACUUGCCACUCGCUUGUACAGCUGGAUGAUGGGACACUGGUGGGAGAUCCACUGGAGAAGGCAAUGUUGAUGGCUGUGGAUUGGACCCUGACCAAAGAUGAGAAAGUUUUCCCCAGAAGUAUUAAAACUCAGGGACUGAAAAUUCACCAGCGCUUUCAUUUUGCCAGUGCCCUGAAAAGAAUGUCUGUCUUGGCGUCGUACGAGAAGAUCGGCUCGACUGAUCUCUGUUACAUUGCAGCUGUGAAAGGGGCCCCAGAGACCUUGCACAAAAUGUUAUCUCAGUGCCCAAGCAACUAUCAUGCUGUCCACACAGAAAUUUCACAUGAGGGGGCAAGAGUACUCGCCCUUGGCUACAAAGAACUGGGGCACCUCACUCACCAGCAGGUGAGAGAGAUCAAACGUGAAGCUUUGGAGUGUGAUCUUAGAUUUGUUGGCUUCAUUGUGGUUUCCUGUCCUCUCAAAGCUGACUCCAAAUCUGUCAUCAGGGAGAUCCAGAACGCCUCACACCACGUAGUGAUGAUAACAGGAGACAAUCCUCUCACUGCCUGUCAUGUAGCCCGGGAGCUACACUUCCUCCAGAGGGAACACACCCUCAUUCUGCAGCCUCCUGCCACCAAAGACUCCAGCUGGCAGUGGCAAUCUAUCGACGGUGCUGUCGUGCUCCCACUCUUACCAACCUCCUUGCAAGAGUUGAUGGAAGGAUAUGACCUUUGUGUCACUGGGGAAGGUCUUUCUCACCUCCAGUCUGUGAACAGACAGCAGCUGCUGAAACUCAUACCACACAUCCAGGUGUUUGCCAGAGUGGUGCCAAAGCAAAAGGAGUUUGUAAUCACAACUUUGAAGAGCCUGGGCUACGUCACGCUGAUGUGUGGGGAUGGGACCAACGACGUCGGAGCUCUGAAACACGCAGAUGUGGGAGUGGCUUUGCUGGCAAAUGCUCCUGAGAAACUGCCUGAAAGGAAGAAGAGAACUCGAGAUGGACCCAGUGAUGGGAGAUUUGCUUUGCCCUCCGUGGGGAGUGGGACUGUGAAACCCACCUCCCGUGGUGCCAAGCACAGAGUCAUGUCCCAAAGAGAGGAACAAUUGGCCAUCCAGAGGGAGCGGAUCAGUCAGGUCCUGAAGGAUCUGGAAGAGGAGCGUGUGCCCGUUGUGAAGUUGGGUGAUGCCAGCAUUGCAGCUCCCUUUACCUCCAAGCUCUCUUCCAUUCAGUGCAUCUGCCACGUGAUCAAGCAAGGCCGUUGCACGCUGGUGACAACGCUCCAGAUGUUCAAGAUCCUGGCCCUCAACGCCCUGAUCCUCGCUUACAGCCAGAGCGUCCUCUACUUGGAAGGGGUGAAGUUUAGUGAUUUUCAGGCAACUCUGCAAGGUUUGCUGUUGGCUGGUUGCUUCCUUUUCAUCUCCAGGUCGAAGCCUUUGAAGACACUUUCCAAGGAGCGCCCAUUGCCAAAUAUUUUUAACCUCUACACGGUCCUGACGGUGCUGCUGCAGUUCCUCGUGCAUUUCCUCAGCCUGGUGUACCUGUACCGCGGCGCCCAGGCACGCAGCCAAGCCAACCAGGAGGAGUUUGUGGAUCUGUACAAGGAGUUUGAGCCCAGCCUCGUGAACAGCACCGUCUACAUCAUGUCGAUGGCCAUGCAGAUGGCCACCUUCGCCAUCAACUACAAGGGUCAUCCUUUCAUGGAGAGUCUACGGGAGAACAAACCUUUACUGUGGAGCAUCGUCCUCUCAGCUCUCGCCAUCGUGGCUCUUCUCACCGGCUCCUCUCCAGAGUUCAACGAACAGUUUGGUUUGGUAGAAAUCCCUACAGAGUUCAAGAUCAUCAUCACCCAAGUGUUGGUGGCUGAUUUCUUCCUCGCCUUGUUAGUGGAUCGAAUUCUUCAGUUUUUGCUGGGGAGUGCAAAACUGAAAGUGCCUUCCUGA